AUCGAAAGUGAAUACAGUUUUCCUAUCUUCAGUUUCUCUCCUCUUCUCAUCCCUUCUAAGACUGUUUCUCAUCUCACCUCCCUUCUUGAUUCUUUUCUCAUCUCUAUCUCUUGAUUCUUUGUGGAUUGUUGACUGGGUUAUAUCAUUUGGUAUCAGAGCAUCGAUUCUCUGACCUGUGGCUAUAGCAGGUAACACCAGAUCUCAAGAAUAAGCGAAAUUCGAAGCUGAGAUCAGGGGAUUGAUCUCAAACACCUAGAGGGAUCUUCUUGAAUUGCAGCAACGUACUAAGGAGCAAUUCAAGAAGAAUGACGAGCAAUUGGUGGCCAUACGGAAGGAAAGCAAAGAGCAAUUUGAGUCUCUAUCCAAGCUGAUGUUGCAAUUUAUGGGUCGAGCAGGGGUUUCCAAUGGUGCGAUAAUGGCACUCUGAUGGCACCAGCAAUGGGGAUAAACAAUGGAAUCCUAAGAGGAAGCGACGAUAUCCCCAUGGUAAGAAAUCUUGACCCCAAUCUUGGUUGCAGUCAGGGUAAUAACCCUCUUGAAUCUAUGAUUCGAUUUGGGAAGGUUGAUUUCCCUGUUUUUGAUGGCACUGAUAGUGUGAAAGGUUGGCUUUUCCAAAGUGAACAAUUCUUUGAAAUUAAUGAGAUUGGUGAAGGAUUUAAGUCUCAAAUUGCUGGCAUGUAUAUGAAGGGGAAGGCUUUGCAAUGGUUGCAAGCCUACAUGAAAGGGAAAAUCAAGUGGUCUUCUUGGGAGGAAUUUUGCACGGCUGUUUGUGUUAGAUUUGGGGUAGCCUUUAAGAUGAAACCUAUGGCAAAAUGGAGGAAUAUAGUACAGAUUGGUACAGUCUUAGAGUAUCAACAGGAAUUUGAGAAAGUAAGGGCUAGGGUCUCUUGCUCUGAGGAAUUUGCCGUUGAGAUGUUUAUUGGGGGUUUGAAGGAGGAAAUCAGGCAUGCGGUGAAUUGUUCAGAUCCUAAGACCUUAAUUGAAGCCUACUGCAUUGCCCAAUUGCAUGAGGCCAAUUAUGAAGCUAAUUUCCAUUCUAUGAUGAAGCAAUUUGAACCACUGGUUGGAAUCCCACCUUUUACUCAAAGGAACAGUGCCCUCUUAUCAUCUGUCACCCCACAACCUCCUAGGAAUAAAAAUAUCAGGACAUUAUCUGAAAAGGAACUGGAAGAAAAGAAAGCCAAAGGCUUAUGCUUCUGGUGUGAUGAGAAGUUUGUGCCAGGUCAUAGGUGCCAUCAGAAGAAGCUAUUUAAUAUUGAGGUAGCGUCCUUUGAGGAGGAAGAUGUGGAUACAACAGAGAGAAGGGGUAGUUUAACUGGUGAAAUGGACAGAACUAGGAGGAAAGAGGCUUCAAGCUCUAAGGCAUUAACAUUAGCUAGAUCUAGAUAUGAUCUUGAAGAGAAGGAAGAAAUGGUGGAUGGAGAGGAUACCGAAGAGGAAGAGGUAGAGGACUACAACUCUAGUGAUGGAGAUGAGAGUAGUGAUGAUGCUCGAAUAGAUGCUAAUGAGGAUAAUGAUAUAAAUUCUGAUUGAAGUUCUUUUUAGAAUCUUAGGUUGUUAAAUGAAAUGGAAAUUGAAAACAUUGCAUUGGUGUUUAAGAUUUAAUGUUGAAGACUUUCUUUGAACUCUUUUAAAUUGUAUGAUUAUGAACUUGAGUACUAUAUUUUAUUUUUCAACUUUUAUGUUUUAGUUAGUGCUACAUUGCUAGUGUUGAAUUAUUAAGCAAGACAUUAAAGUUUGGUUUAAUUGAUUAACACUUUGAAAUAACCCCUCUUUUUAUUGAUUAAUCAGGAUGUUGUAGUGUAAAAGACUUGAAGAGUUGAAGAUCUUGUUGUAAGUAUACUUGCAAUUUUACCAAUAUAUAAUCACUUUUAUUUCUUUAUAAUGUUUAAUGUACAUUUUCAAGUUUACAUCAAUGGAAGCAAUUUCUAAUUUGCUUUUCAUGCAUCGUAAUUUCUAAUUUGUUGUUUUUGCUCACUUCAAAAAAGCAAUUGCUUCGCUUCUCACUUCAUCGCUUCAGCAUUUUUUAGGCUAUCGCUUUGCCUCACUUUUUGCAUUUAACAACACUAAGCUAGAGAAAUAAAUCAAGGGAUUGGCGCAAAGUAGUCAAAGAAGCUAGCUACUGGCUAUU